AAGGCUUGUGUUCAUGGUGGUGACCCUCACCCUGCUUCCAAGGCUUGUGUUCAUGGUGGUGACCCUCACCUUGCUUGCAAGGCUUGUGUUCAUGGUGGUGACCCUCACCCUGCUUGCAAGGCUUGUGUUCAUGGUGGUGACCCUCACCCUGCUUCCAUGGCUUGUGUUCAUGGUGGUGACCCCCACCUUGCUUCCAAGGGCUUGUGUUCAUGGUGGUGACCCCUCACCCUGCUUCCAAGGCUUGUGUUCAUGGUGGUGUCCCUCACCCUCCUUCUGUGGCUUGUGUUCAUGGUGGUGACCCUCACCCUCCUUCUGUGGCUUGUGUUCAUGGUGGUGACCCUCACCCUCCUUCUGUGGCUUGUGUUCAUGGUGGUGACCCUCACCCUCUUUCUGUGGCUUGGAUUCGUAGUGAUGGCGCUCAUGUCUGUCAAGCUGUGGCU